AUGACCGCCUACGCGAACUUCCAGCAAUACGAUCUGAUGGACUCCGAGGGUUAUGGUUCGGCGAGUAGUCCUGAAUCGAACCAACGAGUAUCUUGGGCUCAUCAGGAGGUUUAUCCUCAGCCACCAAGAUCACGAGGUAGUAGCUGUGGUAGCGUUAGUUCUUUGGACAGUCAUAAUCAUCAGGAAUAUCAAGAAAUCGGUCCUUUGAAUGGUGCUUUUCACGUAACCACUACGGCUAGCUUUAAUUUCGCUGAAUUUUACGAAGGUUAUUAUAAAGAGGGAUACAACAAAAACGAUCAUCAAUCUCAAACGAUGAUAGGAAAUCCAAAGGAACGUGCGAAAAUCGUAUUCAGGAUGAACGAUCAUCAACGUCACGAUGAGAUCUAUCAAAAUCCAUUGAACAAUACAACGACGUUUAACAACGAAACAUUUGCCACGAGCAAACAGGAAUCCGGUUACCCGCCAAAAAUGGAACACCAUCCCACGAACGUGGUCUUUGGUAACGACAGGUGCGAGUUUUCGCAAAAGCAGGAUACUUUUUUCGUUAAGAAAGCUUAUGCCAUUGCGAAAAGUAACGGUCUCACUCACUCCGGAAGUAACGAUGGUGGACCAGAAGUUGUUGGUGCAUACGGUCAAAGGUCAGACGUCCUUUACUUUGGUAGCACCUGUACCAUGCAGAGAAAGGACGCUUGUGCAUCGAGCAAUCAAACGAUAGAAAACGAUCAGGUCAGGUAUCAUCAUCAAAGGAAUGAACCUUUUCGUACUACGGAUUACGUUGAACACAAGGACAAGGAAUCCGUGCAAAAGAUGAAGAAUGGUACUGCACCGGGUGUCGAGGUACUUAGGAGAAGAAGAUUGGCAGCUAACGCUAGGGAAAGAAGAAGAAUGAACAGUUUAAACGAUGCCUUUGAUAGGCUACGUGACGUCGUACCUAGUUUAGGUAACGAUAGGAAAUUAAGCAAGUUUGAAACAUUACAAAUGGCACAGACUUAUAUCGCUGCGUUAUAUGAACUUUUACAAAGAGAAUGA